AAGAAAAUACAUGCCGGAGCUGUCGACGUCCUCACACAGCCACUCAGUUAAUCAUCUGCCCACGCCAGGAUGCACCGCUCCGCUCUGCAGAUUCACAGAAAUGUUUCCGCCUGUUUGUCAUUACUGCUUUCUUGACUGCUGGAUGUAGACGCUGAGGCGCCGCCGUCGCUUCUCUUCAAGUUUUGAUCGUCGCUUCAGUGUUUUGACAGUGACAAGAAGGUGUGAUUUGUGUUUGUGUUUUGUUUUGUUUUUUUUCCUUGGAAAGCGCCCAGUGAUCAUUUUUGUGCCCAGAACCAACGCAGUAUGCGAGCAGAGGGGCUGGAGGUUGGCGGACACCGGGACUGAGUGCGCGACGGAGAUCUCUCAGACACCGUGCGCGUCUUUCUUGGACACAUCUCGGAGAUAACUGUGUGUGCGGCUCUCGCAGCCUUUCUUGGCGUUGCGAUGUCCACGAGAAAGACAUCGUUGACGGACAAGCAGACUAAAAACGGCACGUCAAAAUAUGUGUUGGAGAGAUGCGCUUCUAUUAACGAGUAUUAUGAUAUUGCUUUCAAGGUGAUGCUGUUGGGAGACUCAGCCGUGGGGAAGACGUGCGUCUUGGUGCGCUUUAAAGACGGGGCAUUUCUGGGAGGCAACUUUAUAGCCACCGUUGGAAUAGACUUUAGGAAUAAAGUGGUAGAUGUCGACAACUUUAAAGUCAAACUCCAGAUCUGGGAUACAGCCGGCCAAGAGAGAUUCCGCAGUGUAACGCACGCCUACUACAGAGAUGCCCAGGCUUUACUUUUGCUUUAUGAUAUCACCAGCAAGCCAUCAUUUGACAAUAUCAGGGCUUGGCUGACUGAAAUACACGAGUAUGCCCAGAAGGAUGUGGUCAUCAUGUUGCUCGGCAACAAGUCAGACAUGGCUGCAGAGAGAGUCGUGAAGACGGAGGAAGGAGAGAAGCUGGCAAAGGAAUACGGAGUGCCAUUUAUGGAGACCAGUGCGAAGACAGGAGUCAAUGUGGAUCUGGCUUUUCAUGCUAUUGCAAAGGAGCUGAAGCACAGAGCAACGCAGCAGCCGAACGAGCCCAAGUUCCAGAUUCAUGACUACAUCGAGUCUCAGAAGCGCAAGACUGGCUGCUGUGGCCUCAUGUAGCUGAUGCUGAAUGCCAGGCAGAGAGAGAGAGAGAGAGAGAGAGAGAGAGAGAGAGAGAGAGAGAGAGACAUGCAUAGAUAAGGAAAGAUGGAGAAAGGAAUAGAGGGAGGGAGUGGGAAGGAGGUAAAAACGUCUGCUCUCUCUUAUGAAAGCCAAUCCCAGCACCAAACCCUGAGAAGCAGACGCCCUCGUCUUCUCCACUGAGCUUUUGGCUGAAUGAAAUGUGGACUGACUGCCAUCCCUUAAUCUGAAAUGUGAAUUUAAAUCUUUUAUGUCAUGCGUAGAACUGUUUGUGGUCUUUGUGGUGACAGUUGUAUCAAACUACAAGUCAGGAGUUACAAUCUGAAAUGCUAUACCCAUCUGCAGGGACAAAACACAUUUAUCAUUCUACUCUUGAUAAACGGCAGGUUUAUACGAGCCAUCAGCGUGACCGUCUGUGUGGAUAUAGCAUUUUGCCAUGCAGCUCUUAGUUUGUUCCAUCCCAGUUUUACCAGGCUGUGAAAUGAACCCCUUUUGGCCUUACAGUCUUCAUCUUUAAUCCUUGAGAAUUUAGUGUGUUUGAGAAGUGGACUUUAGUCUCACAGUCAGAUUGUAGCUAAAAUGAUCCCGUCUGUUCACAUGUGUACUGCUGUUAGAUAGAAUAAAGCCAACGUUUUGAGGGCGCUCACCCACUGUGUGUCUGUCUGUACAUUCAAUUCAGGGCAAGUGAAACUUCAUCCAAAGUACUGUACAUGUAACUGUGCUGGAGGAUCAUCCUGCUGUUGCACCAGGCCACAUACAAAGAGAUUAUUUUUUACUGUCUCCAUGUCUUACAGAUUCCUCAGCAUGCCGUUUGCCUUUUUGACCAUUCACACAACAACAGCACAGCACUCCCAGACAUUGUUGUCUCCUUUUAAUGAUGGAUGUUGUUGUCUAGACUGUACCAGAGCUGUAUUCGUUCACGCACCGCAUCGUGUAAACUCGUUUCUUUGUACAAUGUUCAUUAUGAAUGUUUGCUUGUCAAACCUGCUCAAUGUCACGUUUGUCCCUCUUCUGAGGCGUCACAGUGAUCACAAAGUGCCAUGAAAAAGUGCUUUGUUAUCAUACUAUAUAUAAAAAAAAAGUAUAUUUUGUAAUGU